AUGCACCUCUUCCUCACCCUUCUCGGAUGUUUCUUGUUUCUACACUUACUUCAGUGUUGUGCUGCCAUGGACACCAUUACAUCCAGGCAAGCACUUGUCGGCAACGACAGGAUCAUCUCCAACAACGGCAAGUUCGCUCUCGGCUUCUUCCAGACAGGCAGUAAGUCCUCCCGCAACACCCUGAACUCGUACCUAGGCAUAUGGUACAACAAUGUCCCCAAGCUUACACCAGUAUGGGUCGCAAAUGGUCAUAACCCAGUUGCAGACACCACCACAUCAGAGCUGAUAAUAUCCAGUGAUGGCAAUCUUGUCAUCUUAAACCGAAUCACAGCAUCCAUCAUCUGGUCUACAAAUACAAAUACCACAAGCAACAAUAACAUUGCUACGCUAUCGAACAGCGGAAACCUCAUCCUAGAGAAUUCCUCAAACUCAUCAGAUGUGUUAUGGCAGAGCUUUGAUUACCCCACAGAUACCUUCCUCCCUGGAAUAAAACUUGGUUGGAAUAAGGUCACUGGUCUGAAUCGCCGUCUGGUUUCUAGGAAGAAUUCAAUUGACCUAGCUCCUGGCAGAUACAGUUCAGAAUUAGACCCAAGUGGUGCCAAUCAGUACAUCUUGACACUGCUGAACUCUUCCAUAUCAUAUUAUUCGAGCGGGCUAUGGAACGGCCAAUACUUUCUAUCAAUACCAGAGAUGGCAGGCCCCUUUAUUGUAAAUUUUACAUUCGUCAAUAAUGACCAAGAGAAGUACUUCAUUUAUAACUUACUAGACGAGAAAGUCAUUUUCCGCUAUCUGUUGGAUGUCUCCGGCCGAACAAAAACGUUGAUUUGGCUUGAAAGCUCACAAGACUGGGUGAUGACCUUUGCCCAACCCAGAGUUCAAUGUGAUGUAUUUAAUGUUUGUGGACCAUUCACAAUUUGUAAUGAUAAUAAGCUCCCAUUCUGUAACUGUAUGGAGGGAUUCUCUGUAAGAUCGUCUGAUGACUGGGAGCUAGAUGAUCGAACAGGCGGCUGUGUGAGAAAUACUCCAUUAGAUUGCAGUAUCAAUAAAAGCAGAAGUACGCAAGACAGGUUCUACCCUAUGUCAUGUGUUGUAUUGCCCAAUUACAGCCACAUCAUAGAAGAUGCAACAAGUGCAGAUAAAUGUGCCCAAGUUUGUCUGGGAAACUGCACUUGCACUGCAUAUUCCUAUGGUAACCAUGGAUGUUCUGUUUGGAAUGGCGAAAUAAUAAAUGCGAAACAGCAACAAUGUGGUGAUACUAGUAAUACUAACAGAGCCACUCUUUACCUUCGCCUAGCCAACAAUGAGGUGCAAAGGUUGGAAAGCAACAAAAGACGAAUAACCAUCGGCAUCGCAAUUGCUGCAAGUGUUGCUUUCUUUGGUUUAUUAUCACUCUUCUUGCUACUGGUGAUUAAGAGGAUCAAGAGAUUGUCUGUUCAUAGAAUGGAAAACCUUCAAGUUGGUGAGGGCAUCAUUGCAUUUAGAUAUACUAAUUUGCAAUGUGCAACAAAAAACUUCUCUGAGAAGCUAGGGGCAGGUGGUUUUGGUUCUGUAUUCAAGGGGUUUCUAGAUGACUCUACUGCCAUAGCAGUUAAAAGGCUUGAUGGUGUUUGUCAAGGAGAGAAGCAAUUCAGAGCUGAAGUGAGAUCGAUUGGAAUCAUUCAGCAUAUCAAUCUAGUUAAACUAAUUGGCUUUUGUACUGAGGGUGAUAGUAGGUUGCUUGUCUACGAACACAUGCACAACAGUUCUCUUGAUGCUCAUUUAUUUAACAGUAAUGCUACAGAUUUGAAAUGGAGCAUUAGGUAUCAAAUAGCUCUUGGGGUUGCUAGAGGGCUGGUCUACUUGCACGAUAGUUGCCGGGAUUGUAUCAUACAUUGUGACAUUAAGCCACAGAACAUCCUUCUUGAUGCAUCAUUUGUUCCAAAAAUUGCUGAUUUUGGGAUGGCAAAGUUUCUCGGAAGGGAUUUUAGUCGAGUUCUCACUACAAUGAGAGGAACAAUCGGAUAUCUCGCACCUGAAUGGAUUAGCGGAACUGAUAUUACAGCAAAAGUUGAUGUCUACAGCUAUGGCAUGGUUUUGUUAGAAAUUGUAUCAGGAAAGAAGAACUCAAGUAGAGAGUAUACAGCUGGUGAUGAUUAUGUUUAUUACCCUGUCCAAGUAGUAAAAAAACUACUGGAGGGGGAUGUGGUGAGUUUGGUGGACAACAAUCUACAUGGUAAUGUCCAUUUGGAGCAGGUGGAAAGAGCUUUGAAGGUUGCAUGUUGGUGUAUUCAAGAUGAUGAGUUUGACCGACCCACGAUGAGUGAAGUUGUUCAAUGCCUUGAAGGUCUUCUUGAGGUCAACAUACCCACAAUGCCAAGACUACUUCAAGCUAUGGCAGGGAGUCCACACUCAACAUUUGAUAGGAACUUGGAAGAAGCUUCACAAGAGGCAGGGACGCUGCAACAUACCUGAGGCUGUGUGGAGCUUCAUGAAGACA